GAUCUCUCAUUACCUAUCAUAUUAAUUCAUAGACUAAACAAACAUAGAUAGAUACUAUAAAUGUAGAUCUAUCUAUGAAACAAACAUGUUCCCUUCACUAGCUGCCCUGAACCCCAUCGUACUACUGCUCUUUCUGCUACUUGCCUGGGUUUUCACCUGGUCCUACAGACCCAGCUUGCUUCAAUGGCUCUCCAGUCAUUUGCUAGGAGGACACAAACCUUCAGUGUUCUAUCAGGAAGGGUCUGCUUUUUGUGAUCGAAUUGUCAACAAAUGUCCAAUUCUACAAGAAAAGUACACUCCUCCGUUCUUAUGGGGUAGGAGUGGUCAUGUACAGAGUAUCAUGUUUGGAUUAAUUGGCCGAUUCAAUGUCCGUCCAAUCAGAGGCCACCAGCGAUAUAGCGUUGCUACGAGCGAUGGCUCCACCCUAUACUAUGACCUGCAUGAGCCUGAGGGCGAUAAAGAAGAUUGUCCCUACACCAUUUUAGUAUGCCCUGGUAUUGGUAACUCAAGUGAGAGCAAGUAUAUGAGCACAUUCACAUCCCACGCGCUAGCGUGUGGGUUCAGAGUUCUGUUGUACAACCAUCUGGGUGCCCUGAAGGGAGAGAAACUCACUGGACCACGGAUAUUCACCUAUGGUGGCACGGGAGACUUAUCGGCUAUUUUUGACCACGCCUCCAAGCUCCACCCAAACACCAGAUGGGUAGGCAUUGGGUUCAGCCUGGGGGGGUGCAUACUCACGCGUUUCCUGGGGGAGGACUCGGAGAGGCGAAGAAAAUUUGUGUGUGCUGCCUCAGUGUGUCAAGGCUAUGAUCCUAUGCUCUGUAUGUCGUACCUCAAUGACUGGACCAACCUUCGUUGUUUCUAUAACUAUAUUAUCACACAAAAGCAGCUGGCAUUCAUUCGUCGUCAUAGUGACACCCUUUUGACCUCCUCAUCCAAAGCAAUAACUCACGACCACAAUCUUUCAGACGUCAAUUGUAAACAAAAACUCUCACAGCAGUCAACAGACGACCCACGAAUCCAUCCCAAUCCGAAUUUGAACACUCCGUCAAAAACCACCCAGUCACACCCUCUCAUCUAUCAUUGCCAUGGUAACUAUGACCACAAUGGUAUAGCGCUAGAUAUUUCCCGGGUUCAACCCCCAGACUAUCAGAGAUUGAACAGAGUGACCAGUAUGUUAGACCUGGACGAAUUCUAUACGAGACGUGUGUGUGGUUUUAGCUCUGUGGUGGACUUGUACAGGUGGACUUCAUGCAUUAAGUUGUUGUACGAGAUUAACGAUCUCCCUGUACUGAUUGUGAACACAAAUGAUGACCCUCUAGUGGUGCUUGCUAACACUAGGAUACUUGACAUACCCAAGAGCUACGUAGAGCACAACUCCAAUGCUCUGCUGGUGAUCCCCAAACACGGAGGCCACCUUGGGUUCUUCGAGGGCGGAGCUAUCGUUCCUAACACCACCUCAUGGAUAGACAGACUGCUCGUCCAAUAUGCACAGGCCUGUAGCAACGAACUUACAGACUAGACAUCAUAGAGUGUAUAGUAUACACAUGUAGCAGUGUCAUUUUAUAGCUCAGUAAACGUUAGGUUAAGUUAUACUGUCACCACCGUUCAGAUUUUUAUUCUUUAUUACGAUCUGUGAUGUUUAUACACAA